AUGUCCGUGGCCCGGCUGUUGCUCUGCUGUUGGGGCAUGGCUCGAGGACAGUGGAGUCGUGUGACGGACCUGACGGACGCCGGCCUUGUCCGCCCCGCAGCACGGUCCGAGCAUAUUGGAGCCUGGGAUGAAGCGAGGCAGGUGCUGUUGAUCCACGGAGGAAGCAACCUCGACGGCGACUUGUGGGCUUUCGACGCCACAUCCGAAGCAUGGACCCGGACGGUGACGGCCGUGGCGCCGGCAGCUCGCGCUGCACAUGCGGCGGGUUGGGAUCCUACCAAUCAAGCACUUUGGGUGCAUGGCGGGUACAACAGCCAAGCAAAGACUUGGUUCCGCGACGUGUGGAGAUUUCAGUCUGGAGCUUGGACGCUCGAGUUUGACGGUGCUGGGCCUUCCGGAAGGCAAGCACACGUGGCUGUUUGGGUGUCGAGCACUUCUUCUCUUUGGGUGCACGGCGGCUGGACCGGCAGUCGCCGCUUGUCAGACUUGUGGAGCUACAAUCACCAGGCUCACGGAUGGCAGGAGCUGGCUCCCGUUGCAGCAAGCGGAGUGCCACCGGCGCGCUCGCAUCAUGUUGCGGUGUGGGAUGGGACCGGCCAGGCACUCUGGAUGCACGGUGGCUACGGUGACUCCUUGCUCGGAGAUCUCUGGACUCUGGCUGCUUCCAGCCUCAGUUGGACUGAAGUGGUCUCUGAUGGAGGCCCAACCGCAAGGUCAGGCCAUGCUGCGGUGUGGGAUGACGCCAACCGCAGGCUCUGGCUGCACGGCGGCAACGACGGCUUCCUGAAGCGGGAACUCUGGAGAUACGAGACCGGCAGCAACAUCUGGAGCCUGGUUGCAGAACAUGCAGGUCCUUCAGGACGCUGGUCUCAUGCAGCUGCCUGGGAUGGCCUCAACCAGGUCAUCUACAUUCAUGGUGGAUACAAUAGCAGUUUGUGUGGAGACCUCUGGAGGUUCUGGGUCACCACAACGUCCACGACGUCCACCGCAAGUUCCACUUCCACGUCAAGCAGCAUCUCAACCACAGGAAGCACUUCCACAACACUGACCAGCAGCACCAGCGCCACAGCGACCAGAACAUCCAGCAGCUCGAGCCAAAGUUCCAGCUCAAGCAGCAACUCGCACACAAGUAGUAGCUCCAGCAGCAGCAGUUUCAGCACCACAACUUCCAUCAGCAGUACCUCAACCACCGAGACGCGGAGCAGCAGCUCAUCAAGCACCUCCACGUCAAGUAGCAGCACAAGCACAUCCAGCUCUAGCAGCAGUGCGACCACCACCUGGAGCAGCUCCACCACUCACACAUCCAGUUCCAGCAGCACGUCUAGCAGGACCAGUAGUUCCAGCAGCGUCACCAGCAGCUCGAUCACAUCCUCCAGGAGCACCUCGACAACACUGACAUCUAGCACGAGCCUUUCAAGCACCUCCAGCUCAACCAGCAGUAGCAGCACAUCCACGAAAAGCACAUCCAGUUCCAGCAGCAGUACCAGUGGUUCUACCAGUUCCAGCACGAUUUCGCAGACGACCAGCAGCUCUACGAGUGCGAGUACGAGUUCCACGACAUCCGUGAGCAGUACUUCAACAAGCGGAACAACUAGCACAAGCAUGUCUAGCACAUCUAGCUCCGUCAGUAGCACAAGCACGUCUGCUUCCAGCAGCAGCACCAGUCAGAGCAGCAGUUCCAGCAGCAGCAGCAGUACUUCCACAACAUCGCUCACCAGCACCUCGACAACUGGGACACGAAGCACGAGCAUCUCAACCACCUCCAGCUCAUCAACCAGCAUGACUAGCACCUUCACUCUCACGUCAAGCACCUCGAGCACAAGGACCUCAAGCAGCACUUCAGCGACGUACACGACGUCCACGGAGACAUCAAGCACACAGACUACAGUCACAUCUAGCUCUUCCACUGUGACCACAAUCACAACCACUACCACGACGCAGCUCGUCAUCGCAAGCCCUUUUCCGGAGAGUGUUCUGCUUGCUGUUUUGAUUGUUAUCCUUCAAGCAUGUUGUGCGCUUUGUUUCUCGUACAUGCUGUACAGUGCCUGUGUUCUGGUGGCCAUUCCAUUCGGGUCUCGUGCAGUGCAGCUGUGGGAGCUGCAAACAUCCGACCCCCCGGACAGAAAGGGACAGCAAUUGCCAGCUCCUGUGUUUCGUGUUCUACCCCCUGGCCACGUGUCGCCUUGCCCGCCUUUGGUGGUGCUUGUCCACUUCCAGGGUGCUUCGCCGGUGACUCCAAGAGUGUGGCUGCUGCCCCCUUCGGCGGCAGCGGCGUGGCCCGCACAAGCCAAGCCCCAGCAGCGCAGGGAUUCGCAGCCAUCGCCGAUGCUCCCGGCAGCCACUGCACUUCGAGGACAGCGAUCCAGUGACAGGUUGUCAAGCCAUGAAGAAGAGGACCUGUCAAGGCAUCCCGCAUCGCAAGCAAGAAUUCCAAAGGCGCCGGCUCCCAGCUUUGCCAGGUUGGAAUCUGGAACGCGCCGCCCUGCUAGUUGCAUCUAUCGCCGGAGCAUAGAUUCACUCAUUCCCCAGCCCUGCCAGCCCUGCCAGUCGCGAGUGCAGUUGGUGCCCAAGCCACCACUAGGAUGGCCGCCGCCGACGCAGGGCGUGCAGAGAAGGCUUUCCGAAGAGCCUGCGAAGCCAUGCAACCUGCUCUUAAAUCCCGAGCCUCCGGUCAUGCGUCAGUGGGUGACAGGGCAGCCUCUGGUCAUGGUCCAUUCGGCGCAGCGUUUGCCAGCUCGGGAGAUCAAGCAGGGACAUCCCAGUCCCGGCCCUCCCAGCCCGCCGGCUCUCAUUGGACCGAGGGCGAGCCGAAGCGGCCGACGGAGCCAAGCCCCUGGCCCUCCAAUUGUCUAUGCGCCGCCCAGCGAGCCGCGUGUUCAGCUGGUGCCGAAGUCACGCCUUUCUCUUCAAAUGGCCAAAGUGCAAUCGAUAUGGCUCAUACCGGAAAGGAGGUUUUCGGAUCUGCGAGGAUCGACCCUGUCCCCGCGCAGCCGCAUGCUCGGGUUGCGCCAGCAAGAGUCAUUCCCUGCAGCCCACGACAAGUGCGUAUACCGCAAGGCUAGCAAAGGUCCGAAGAGCCCGCGCUCACCGAUGGGCCGGCGUGCACGGCCACACUCUGCCAGCCCUGCACGGGUCAAUGGCGGUCCGGCCUGGGGCGCACUGCAAGGCCGACGAAGUUCGACUCAUGGACACCCUGGCGAUGCGACGCCAGGACCAGGCAGCUAUGAUCUGGGGCCGGCUCUGGACGUGUACAUCCCGCGGCAGGACAGGCACCAGGAGAAGCGCGCCAAGAUGGGGCCCUACAAAGACCGUUACAAGUCUCUCUCCAAGGCACGCAGCAAGGGAACGAGCUCCGACCAGAGCCUGGAGGACUCAUCCACGCAGUCCUUCAUUUGGCCUUUCAACAUCCUGGGAUGA